CGCUGCACCGCCCGCCGCGGCAUGGCCAAGAUGGCGGCGGCGGCCCUGACGCGGGAGGGCGGGGAGGACGCCUUCCGCCGGCUUUUUCGCUUCUACCGGCAGCGCGACGCGUCGGACCUGCGGGGCGUGGUGGACUUCUCCGCGCCGGGGGGCCAGGUGUUCAGAUCACAGCUCAGUAUUUCUUCCGUCAGUGAUCAAGAUGCCUACAGAGCAGGAUUACAGCCAGUUAGCCAGUGGAAGGCCUAUGGCCUCAAAGGUUAUCCAGGGUUUAUUUUCAUACUAAAUCCCUUCUUGCCGGGAUGCCAGCGUCACUGGGUGAAGCAGUGUCUCAAGCUAUAUCCCCAGAAACCCAAUGUCUGCAACCUAGACCUGCACAUGGCUCCCGAGAAGACCAUUGACCUCUGGGGACAGAGCAAGGAGCAGCUAAGAAAGAAGGGUUCCAGUAAAUGGGAGCCCAGAAGCUUAUUGGAGAAGCUGCGCUGGGUGACCCUUGGUUACCAUUAUAACUGGGACACUAAGGUGAGAAUGACCUUGAGUGCUACUUCUGAGAAACUACUUCUCUUCAUAGGGAAGUACUCAGCAAAUCACCACACUCCUUUCCCCUCAGACCUUGCAUUCCUGUCAGAACAAGUGGCUGCAGCCUGUGGGUUCCGGGGUUUCCAAGCCCAAGCAGGGAUCUUGAACUACUAUCAUUUUGACUCUUCACUGGGAAUUCAUGUGGAUGAGUCUGAACUAGACCAUUCUCGUCCCCUUUUAUCAUUCAGUUUUGGGCAAUCCUCAAUAUUUUUGCUUGGGGGCCUGAAGCGCGAGGAGGCCCCAACAGCAAUGUUCAUGCACAGUGGAGAUAUCAUGGUGAUGUCUGGCUUCAGCCGCCUGCUGUACCAUGCCGUGCCCCGGGUCCUCCCCAACCCUGAAGGGACAGCUUUGCCUUCAUGCCUGGACCAAGCACUUUCUUCAGACCUUCCUGUUGGCUCGGUCAUUGAGCACAGCUCUGAUGAGGACUGGCAGGUGUGUGCCAAGUACUUGCAGUCUUCCCGCAUUAAUAUGACUAUUCGGCAGGUGUUGGCUGAGGGUCAGAAAUUCCCAGAGGAAUCUGGGACAAAGGGGAAGGGCCAAGCACCCUCUGAAGACGGUCACCAUCAGGACAACAGCAGAGCCAAGAGACAUAAACCAAACACAGACAGCUGAGACCAGGAGGUCAUGCUGACAUGGACUGGAUAGGCGAUCUCCGUAUGGAAUUGGGAACUAAUGUAAUUAUACUAGGUGUCACUUGUCAGUAUUGGGAUUGAUAAACUUCUGCAGACUAAAUCAAGUCAUUCUUACUGUAAGAAAUAGGUUAAAGGAGAAAAAGAAUUUAAAAGUAAAAGAAGGGUAAGUUCAGGACCAGGACCCAGGAGAUCAGCUCUUCUGUUGUUUUGUUGCAGACAUUUAUUGUACUCUGUUCCAUUUAAAAUACCUGUAUGUCAGAGACUUUUAAGCUUGGUGCAGUGAUGCUCAUAAAGUAUUUUGAAAACAUUGGGCAGAAAGUGCUAGCAACAGAUACAUAAUUGUGAAGGGUUAAAGAAUCCUCUUGGGCUUCUGCUGCUCAGCUGAAGUGCAGUAGCAGGUAUGAGUGAGAAUAGGCUGCUAUGGGUGUGAGACCUACCUGCAGCACUUCCAAGAGAGCUACCUCUACCACAAAAAUUGGUUCAGUGAUUGGAAACUAGCAGCUCCCUCAAAGCAGCUCCUGCUAUAAGCUUGCUGUAGUCCUGUGCUCUCCUCUUGCCUGCUUGUACCCCCUCAACUGCGGCAGAAACCGCUCUUAUGAGUAGAAUGACUUCUUUUGCAUACCUCAGAUUUUAGAGAGAAACAACUGGGGGCAAUAUCCACUUGGAAUGGCUGGUAGCUCCCAGAUGGGAGUACGUGACUGAGCCCGACAUCCCCAUUCUUUAAAAACUGCCCCCUCUUAAGUACCUGCAGAUUAUGGUCCUGCAGUCCCAAGCUAGCAUCUUGAAGGAACAGAAUGACUUGCAUUAGAAGAAAUGAAAAGUACCUAAAAAAUUAAUCGGUGACUGUCUCUGUCACCCAAAGGUAAAUAUAUUGAAACAAAGAAAAGCACCAGCUUCUGUGCCAGUUCUCUUUAAGGCUCAGACCUUUCUAUCUGCUUUUUAAUGCAAUUUUAAUUGUUGGAGUGGAAUGCUCUAUCCCUGGGGUAUUUUGUUGCACUUUCCCAAUGAAUAAACUUACUCAGUUUUUAAAUUAAAGAUCUUUAUCAGUUGGGGGAUGGCUUUUUUCUUCUUUUCUUUCUCUCCCUGUUAGUUAUUCAGUGUAUUGUUAAUGCUGCUACAUCCCUUGUGCUAUCCCUCCAGGCUUCUUUUGGAUACUGCCUCUGCCAUCUGCCAGCUCUGGUGGAGGAGCUCUGUGUGUGGCUGCAGGGCUACCUGGUUUAGGCGCAGUUCAGGGUUUGUUGGGCAGGUUCAGAGAAGUGUUGCCUGCAGUAUCCAAGUCCUAUUAAAUAUGUAUGUGACAGCUUUUCCUCAUGGGGAAAGUGUUUGGUCUGCUUAUUUCAUAGCAGGUGAAUGUGUGUGUGUGUAACUAAUUCCUUAGGCAACACUGCAAAGAGCUCCAGUAAUUUAAUGUCUAAAGAAAUCAGAUAUAAGUUUUAAUAUCUUGUUCUAUGCCAGAAAUCUGUCCUUUCUGUGUCCUACGCCUGGUGUAUUUACAGCUGAGCCCUGGGAGAGUGAAUACUAUUAUGCGGAGAGGUUACAACAUGACCAGAGAGGAAAGCUGACUAAGUCUCAGAAAACAGCAAAGUUCCUUUAGUGGCACCUGAAGGUGGGGAAGGGGAGAGGAAUGUUUGUUUGCCUGGCAGUGAGAAGGCAGGGUGGCUGCUCCUCACUCUUGAGAGGGAAGCAAAAUCUUCCAACUCCUAGAGAGAAGACAGAGUCGUGGAACUGGAUAGUCAUGAACUGGAGCUGCUUCAUGUCACAGGCUGAGGCUUCAGUCCAUGGUUCUCAUUUCUUUUAUCUUCAGUUCCCUGCAAAUAUAUAAUAGACAAGCUAUCAUUUAUUCCAGGAUUCAAUUGUUCCUGUGAUUC